ACCCAACCUCUCUCUCGUCCAGUCUCGUCCAGACCCAACCUCUCUCUCGUCCAGACCCAGCACCGCUUCCGUCGAGGACGCCGCCGCCGCCUUCCGAUCCACCACGCCGUUGCCGGACUUUCCUCUGCCGCCACCACCAGCGGUGCAGUUUUAUUGAAUUGGAUUGAGGAAAAAAUGCAUCCUCCAUUAACUCUUCACAAGCAUCCCAUGUGUGCCGGCAUAAUUGAGGAGUUUCAGAAGUGUCAUUUAGACCAUCCUAUUGCAAAAUUUUUUGGUGAAUGCACAGAUCUCAAGAUGAAGCUUGAUCGUUGCUUUAGGCAAGAAAAAGCCUUGAAGAGGAAGGAAAACUUUGAACAGAGUAAGAAACUGAAGGAAAGGCUACGAGCUCUCAGGAAGGAAACUGCUGAAAUCACCGAGGAGAAGAAUUUUGAACAAGCUUAAUUAAUGGCCAAAAACAAAUCCCAACUUAUCUACUUGCCAAGAUCUUUUGCCAAUCGACUCCCGAUUCCGGCCUUACUCUGCUGCUCAGGAUCACUAAGCUGCAAAAGCUCAAGCUUUGAAGUGCUUUCAUUUUUCAGCAUUGCUUGCUAGUCAUCCAUGGGCUGAAUAACAGGACAACUAAAUUGAAAAUGUUCUUGAAGAUUGAGAUUGGCUUGGCCUUCAGAAGUUAAAGCUAAGAGAUUUUUGUGUUGCAGAACUUAAGGUAGCAAUUCUUUGCAAGAACUUCUAACGACUUCUAACACUGGUUGGUGACUCUCGCCUUCAAGAUUGCAAACUCCGACUUCCGAAACGAGAACAGGAGUUGGUGGUGCAGUUCUUUGGAAACAUAUCCGUUGGAAUGGUUUUGCUGAUCCCUUGUUUCAGGGAAAGGCACAGCCAACUCAAGUAGGUUAGAACAAAACAAGACAAGAUGUGUUUUUUUCUUUUGUUUAUUGUUGUGUUUUUGUUUAAAUAAGGUUAAAAAUACUUAGAGGGUGAAAAGAAAACAAAGUUGGAACAGCAAGGGAUAAUAUUAUCUGAAUUUUUUGGAAAAAAAAAAAAAAAAAAAAAAAAAAACCAGUGAUCAACUGUUUAUGCUGUGGACAGAUGAUGAGAAAUUUUUAGCUGGUAAAUCUGGUAGUGCAACUCCAACCUACAAAAUUCUAGAAUUCUAUCAUCAAGAAAGAUCAUGUGGCAUCAUAUAAUGUGCAAUCAUCGAUUUUCUCUCUCCAUUUUACCUUUUUAUUGAUAAUAAACGAAUGAAAAAUGGGGCUCACCCCGCAAGAGGGUACGGUCUGCU